GUGCUAUUGUAACCCUUUGGGUCUUUUUUUUCCUUCUCUUCCUUAGACUUCUAAUUCUUCCCACGCAGCAAUAUCUAAUCCCUUCCUCUGUUCUCUCUUUUUAGAAAGACACUUUUUUCUUUUACACUUCUAAUCUUUGAAGGCGAUUUCUUUUCAGCUCACUCAACCCCGUAAGAUUCAAUCUUGUAAAGUUUUGAUUCGUUCCUGCGGAACUGGACAGGCUGUCUAUUGAUAAUCAAGAACAAGAAAGUGUUGGGUUCGUGAAGGCCAAUCAUAAGCAAGUCAUGGUAUUUGUGCCAAACACAGUGAGUCCGAUAAGCAGAAUGGGGAACAAUGAUUUGGGUCCUCCAUGGCUUAAACCAAUGCUGAGAGCAAGUUACUUCAACCCCUGCUCUAUUCAUGGAGAUUCCAAUAAAAGUGAAUGCAAUAUGUUCUGUUUGGAUUGUAUGGGGACUGCUCUUUGUUCCUACUGUUUGAUCAAUCACAAAGAUCACCGUGUUGUUCAGAUAAGGCGUUCCUCGUACCACAACGUGGUGAGAGUCAAUGAAAUUCAGAAGUACAUAGACAUAUCAUGUGUUCAGACAUACAUUAUCAACAGUGCAAAGAUUGUGUUUUUGAAUGAGAGGCCACAGCCUAGGCCUGGAAAAGGGGUUACUAAUACAUGUGAGAUUUGCUGUAGAAGUCUCCUUGAUUCCUUCAGAUUUUGCUCUUUGGGUUGCAAGCUUGGGGCAAUGAAGAGGGGAGUCCCAGACCUGACGUUUACACUGAGAAUGAAGCACAAUAGGGAUUCAUUUCAUGGUGGUUCAGAAUCUGAUGAGUCAUCUACUCCUAAGAAAAUCCAGAGGACACUUAUGUUCAACCGUUCGAUGGUGGAUAGCCCAGCAAUUUCAUCUGAUGGACACUACAACUAUGGCGGAGAGAGGUCUUAUAGUUCUGGAGACGAAGCCCUUACCAACAUUUCUCCAGGAACUCCACCAAUUUUCAACCACCGCAAUGCUAGGAGGAGAAAGGGUAUACCUCACCGAGCACCAUUUUGAGAUUGCUCCCAUCAUAAAAGGAAAGUGAUACUCUGUACAUGGUCAAUAAUUAAAGUAAUAAACUUUACAAGAAUGAAUCAAUGUAACCAAAAAAAACACUAAAUGUGGAAAAAGUUAUUUAACCAAAAAAAAAAAAAAAAAAAAAAGAUGUGGGAAAGGCUUGCAAUAUGUAAUGUCCUGUGAAUAGGUAAAGAAAAUAUAGGUGUGUUUUUUAGUUUUUACAGCUGAGAUUUUAUUUUAUAAAUUAGAGAAAAUUUAGGAUAUUUAUUGUUAGCCUUUACUUUGUACAGAGGAUGACACAUAUGGGUCUUUUGGUUGUUGAAAAUAUAUCAAUAAUGGAGUGGUAUAAUGCUAGCAUAUGUACAGAGAACAUAUUUUGUGCAUAUAGAUAGUUUUGUUUGCAAAAA